AUGGCAAGUAAUGUCCCUGUUGGUCGAGUAAUUGGCCGGGAUAGUCCGACUAAAAUAAAGGAAAUUGAUGAAACUUUGGAGUGUCCUGUAUGUGGAAGCAAAGUUAAGGGAUUAGACUCCUUAAAUACGCAUCUGGAUGUUGAGCAUGGAUUUAAUUAUGAUAGAACCAACUCCACAGAUAGCAGUUCUGUCAAUUUAACAUCAGUUGAUCAAAGAGUGUCGUCCAGACAAAAGUCAGGGUCUACUAUAACGCUAAAUACAGUACCUCAUGUGGAUAAAGGCCACUGGAAAACUCCAACAGCAGGAAAAUCACGCUGUUUCAAGUGCCAAAAGAAAUUAACACCUAAGAUUGGUAUGCGAAAUUGCAGGAAGUGCGGUGAGCUAUUUUGUUAUAAUCAUUGUGGUCUUCUGAUCAAGCUCAAUUCUGCUGCUCAUUAUGAUCCGAUAGUUGGUGAGUGGUUUAAGUGCUGUAGCCGGUGUAUGCAAGAAAGGCCGGGAUAUAAUGAUUUUGGAUUGUAUGUUGAUCUUACAGAAACAUUCUUAAAACAACGUACUAUAAGAAAUGAAGACAAGCAACUUCAAAUAAUCCAGCUUGAGAAUAGGUUAGUAAGACUUGUUGAUGGCAUCAUUGAUCUUAAUGCGUAUCACAAGAGUACGUUCUUCUCUACUAAACUUAGCAACGAUAUCAACAAUCUCGAAAAGACUAUUACGCCAUGGAGAAAAAAUGAAUCCACUAACCAGUGUACCAUUUGCACCAGAUAUUUCCAUCUACUCCUGAGGAAACACCAUUGCAGAUUAUGUGGGAAACUUGUAUGUGAUGAUAAUUUGACCUAUUGUUCAACUGAGUUACUGAUACAGGAUCUGAUAAAGGCAGCGCCAGAUUUACCAUUUAAAAAGCCCAAUUAUGACAUAUCAUUGAUCAAAAAUACACUCAGAAUAUGUUCUAGCUGUAUUGAUUCCUUUUUUCUGAAGAGGAAAUUCCAACAGGAUCUAAUGCUGGAAUCAUCUUCAUUAUUUUCGAAAUAUACUGAACUCCAAAGUGUAUCUAGAGUAAUUCUACGGAUUAUGCCUCGAUUUGAACGUCUGUUGGGGACUGUUAAUUCUAACAAGCCUCAACUAGAUAAAAGCGGCAUUAAUGAGUUGGCAAUUCUAAGAAGAAGAUUACUAGAAGCGUUUACGUUGUAUGAAAAGCUUGCUAAACAGGUUUUACACUUACAACCAGAUAAUGAAGCAGAAAGGAAAAUUCAAAGGUCCAUUCAAAUAAAAGCAUUAGCAUUUAUCCAGGAGAAAAUGCUCCCAUUGAAGAAGAUUCCCGAAGUACUUAACCCAUCCAAUCCUGUCACAGAGAUUCAAACUAGUCCAAGCAAAUUGUUAUUUAAUAACCUGACAAUUGGCGAGGUCAAACAGUAUCGGGAACAAUUAAUGGUGUUGAAGGAACAAAAGUACAUCGUAGAGGGUUUGGUCGAAGACGCCAAGAAACAGAGAAAAUUUGAAGAGAUUCCCACACUUAAGCAAAACAUCAAUGAAAUAGCCAAAAAAAUAGAGGAUGUUGAAGGCACCCUGGGAGAUCAAGGGUUUGAAUGA